CUCUGUAAUCAGUCGUAACACACGGUACCGCUAGAUGUCGAUUAUCGAUGUAUCGAUUGAUACACGCAUGGAUGUGUGCGUGCGUGCGUGUGCGUGUAUGUUGCGUUUCGGCGCUCGCUUCGUCGCGAUUCGCACAGUGUGCCGGAUUCGAUUCCUCGUGUUAUUAUUCCGCAUGUCCGACACGUCCGAGUUCGACGGGGAGGACGAGGACGUCGCGUCCUGGUCCUCGAAGCGAACGAACGAUGACGAUCGCGACGGCUCGUCCGCGUCGCGUGCAGUGCGCGAAUUCGGCGACCUCGUCGUCGACAAUUACGGUUGGAUCCAGUGCCGAUCCAAGAGCUAUCCCGAUCAGGUGUACUUUCAUAACACGCACAGCAACUGCAACACUUGGUACAGGCCCAUCUCGCGCUACAUCGACAUCCCAUUCAUCUCCGUCAAGAAGGUGUAUCAUACAAGUGACGUAUCAGGGAACAAUAUAGAAUUGUUGUCAGUGUCGGACAACGAGAACGAGCCGGAUGUAUCGGCUGCCAAGCGCGAUGGCGAUGAAUCUUCGACAGCGGUUCCGGAUGUCAUCGCGCGAUGCUAUUACACACCUCAGGUAGACCUGACCUCCGACGUGGAUGACUCGUGCAGGUCAUCGGUCGAUGCGUCGGCGAACGAAUGUCACUGCGAGAAGGAACAAAUUGACGAGAACAAUAACGAAAACGACGAAGAUAUCGCCAAUGAGAAGAGCGAUCCGGAAACAGUGUUAUGCGCCACGAAUUUCCUCGAGACGGAUUUUUUUGUGGGAGAGAACCAAGUAAACACCGAAAGAAUCGAUCGAAUAUUCAAUACCUCGAAGGAAGAUGCCGAUGAUGACGUUUCUCUCUCCGAAGCUCCAUGCUUGUACGAUGUUCCUCGUCUAAAGAGGAUCAGUUUGGAGGAUCAGUUGAUCAAACCGAGAAGAACUCGCGUCUCCAAUCGCGUCUCUAAUCGGGUCAAAAGACCUCGAAAAAUCAUUUGCGAGAUGUAUGGUACUAGGACCAUUAAUUACGAUCUGCCUACGCCGGAUCAAGUGCCGGCGGAAGUGGGAGUGAAAUUGUCGACGUUGAGCGAGAGCGAUAGCGAUGUAAAUGAACCAUCGCCGCAAGAUGCGAAAACGACGCUAUCGUUCGAGUCCCAGUGGUGCGACAUAGAGAAGAACUUGCAUCAACCGUUACUGAGCGAUCCGAGUUCCAGUCCAUCGUCACGGUCCGAUACGAAUAGCACCAGCUCCACCAUUUCCUCGUGCUCUACGUGUUCCUCGUCCACGUAAGAGCGCAACAAUCUUGAACAAAGUAUCAAAUACUUCAAUCUUUUAUACGAGAUUUUGAUAUACACGAGGCGUACUUGCAUGGACAUUGAAUGCUAAACACACGUUUUACAUAUUGG